AUCCAUUUUGAAUCUUCUCCGAGAAGAUUUUGAAACAUAACAAUAACCACACUGUUUAAGCUCUCGCUGUUUCUGUUGCACUUUCAUUAUUAUUUCCAAUCCAACUUUCUUCUUUCAUUUCCGUCGCCGGAAAACCUAAUUCCCGAUGAGAAAAUCGGCCAGAAUUUCUUCCAUUGGUCUCGGCCAAGCUACAGAACCGGUAACAUCUCUUUUCCUCUUCUCUUAAUUACUUUUUUUUUUUUUUUUUCAUGUUUUCUAGCCGUUUGAAUUUUCCGACGAAAUUGGCGGCCGCCUCCACCGCAAUAGAACGGUUUCCUGCCGCUCAGGUGAAUUGACCUAGUGGAUUCCGUGAAUCGUGGCGGACUGACCUAAUGGUGGUGAAGAAAUUCGAUACUCGUUUUUCUCUCACGGCGUUUGCCAAUCGUGUUAAGGAUCUAACAGAGGAACAAAGAUUGGCGAUAUCACGAACAGGAUUUGGUAACUUGCUAUCGAUUCCAAAUUAUACUUUGAACAGGAUUUUCCUUAAUGAGGUAAUGGAGGCUUGGAAUUCUGAAAGGCGAGUUUUUGAGAUUGGUUCGGGGGAAAUUGGAUUUAGUUUGUUGGAUGUUGCGUUAAUUUUGGGGCUUCCGGUGGCUGGACACCGUGUGGAGUUGGUGGAGGAGGAAUUGUUUUCUGAGUUGGAAGAGGAGUAUGGGGCUACACGUGCGAAGAGAAAGGUGGAUAUGGCUACUCUUGAAGCGAGGCUUAAUUCCAUUGGGAAAGUUGUGAGUGAUGAUUUUGUGAGGAGCUUUUUGCUUUUUACGAUUGGGACUUUCCUUUCUUCCACUGAUGUGAAAAAAAAAGUGGAUUCGAGGUACUUGUCUUUUCUUGGGAAUUUGGAUGGGGUUUCUGGUUUUUCAUGGGGUGCUGCUGUUAUUGAAGAUUUGUGUCAGUGGCUUGAUAAGAGGAAAGACAACAAUGUGCAGUGUGUUGGUGGUUGUCUCAUAUUUCUCCAAACAUGGUCCUAUGAGCAUUUUGAUAUAGCACGGCCAAAUUUGAAAGAUCAAGAUACGACCUUUCCUCGUGUGUGUCGAUGGGAUCAUAGUAAAUCUCAGUCAAAGAAACGAGGUACUUCAAGGUUUAAGGAUCUACAUGAUGACCAGAUAAUUUGGAAACUCCAACCUACUUCUGGAGAGUUAAAAAUAAAAAUAAUAAAAGAAGCAGUGGAUUUACUAGGUGACAACGAGGUUAAAAGGGAUGAAAAUUAUGCAGCAAGCACAUCAAGUAAUGUUUCAGACGUGGAUGCAGAAAUGCAGCUUAGUAUCUCUAGUAAAAUACAUAGAGACGACGGGGUUGAUUUUGAUAAUCAGGUAGUAGAGGACACUCCCACAAGGUUGAGCACUUGUGAUGAAGAGUAUAUAGAGCAGAACAUCCAUAUUGAAAAUCUGAUAGUAGAGGAGACCCCCUCCAAUUCGAGCAUUGAUGUUGAAGUAGGCAAAGAGGAACAGUUCCAAGUAGACGAACUCAUGGUGGAGGACUCCUUCAAAAAUUUGAGCAUAUCUGAGGAAGUAGAUAGAGAAGAAGUGCUGUACGCUGAAAAUCACAGAAUGGAGGACUCCCCCACAAGUUUGAGCAUUGAGGACGAAGUAGGAAGAGAGCAAGAGUGUAAUGCUGAAACUUUCGCAGUGGACGACACUCCCCCUAAUUUCAGCUUUGAUGCUGAUGAUUUAAGGAAGAAAAAUAUCAUGUUAGAAGAGGAAAUUACUGAAUUGAAGCUGAAAAUAAGCCAACAAAAUGAAGAAAAUGGAGUUCUCCGUAGAGAAAAUUUAUCAAAUAUCCAAUUAAAAAAGGAGAAUGAUGAGUUGAAGCUGAAAAUAAGCCAACAAAAUGAAGAAAUUGGAGUUCUCCGUGGAGAGAAUUUAUCAAAUAUCCAAUUAAGAAAGGAGACUGAUGAGUUGAAGCUGAAAAUAAGCCAACAAAUUGAAGAAAUUGGAGUUCUCCGUGGAGAGAAUUUAUCAAAUAUCCAAUUAAAAAAGGAGACUGAUGAGUUGAAGCUGAAAAUAAGCCAACAAAUUGAAGAAAUUGGAGUUCUCCGUGGAGAGAAUUUAUCAAAUAUCCAAAUAAAAAAGGAGAAUGACGAGUUGAAGCUGAAAAUAAGCCAACAAAAUGAAGAAAUUGGAGUUCUCCGUGGAGAGAAUUUAUCAAAUAUCCAAUUAAAAAAGGAGAAUGAUGAGUUGAAGCUGAAAAUAAGCCAACAAAAUGAAGAAAGUAUCCAAUUAAAAAAGGAGAAUGAUGAGUUGAACCAACAGGUGGACGAAUUGGAACAAAAUUUAAAUGACAUUGCGGACAAUAUAGAAGGAGGUCUUAGCGAAUUUCAAAAUCCCUUGGAUUUUGAAAUUUCAUAGGUGACUAUUGGGCAGCUGACUGUAUAUAAUGUUACCUGUAUGUUAGGUGUUGUGUUAGGAGGUUUCUUUCUAAGUGAAACCAUGAAAUUUUUGCAGGUAAUCAGAGCUGUUUAUUAUUAUCUUUGUUGUACAUUAUGUAACAUAUAGCUGAUGUAUUCGAAAGUCCAAAUGGGCAUUAGAGUUCUGAGUAUAUAUAGUUACCUAUUUCUUAUCACAAGGUAUAGGCAACUAUUGCUCCUUUUUUUACUAAUGAAAUUUAUGAAUUGAUCCUUAAGUUGUUGGAUUAUAUACUAUACUUACCUUUUUAGUAUC